AUGUCCCAAAAUAAUAAUAGUACCAAGGGAGAUUCUCCAACCGAAAUAAAUCUGAUAAAAGAGUUAGAAAAUAUUCAUAGGGAAUUAGUAGAGCAAUCAAAACUGAAUCUAACGUCUUCAGAAGGUACUAACACGUUUUCGGCUAUUUUGAACAAUGACGAUAAUUCAAUCAUGUCAAGAACGAAUGACAAUACUAUAAGUUACGAACCAAGUAACGAUGAAAACAAUGAUACCCUUAUAAGAUUGAGUGAGAAUCUACUGUUUGAAUCAAGAAAAUUGAAAAAUCUAAAUGAUGAAAACUUAAACAAGAUAAAUAAGCUCACCAAUGAAAUACAAUUGCUGAAUGAACGCAAUAAUUUGCUGAUAAAUAAAAAUGAUAGAUUAAACGAUCAGAAUUGGGAGAUCGAGAAUACAAACAAAGAAAAUAUCCAGGAAUUGAAGUCCUUAAAAUUGAAGUUAUCUUCAGUUGAAUCAAACCAGUCAAAACAACUGAGUUUACUUCAAGAAGUACAGAAUGAAUUGCGAACGGCUAAGCUCGAGAAAACUAAAAUGGAAGAUGAAUUCAAAGCAUAUAAAUUAGAAAAAAAUGAUGAAUUAAACGACUUGCAAAAUCAUGUAUUCGAAUUAAAUGACGAAAAUGAUAGCUUAAACUCAAAACUGAAAUUAUCUGAAAUUCCUACUUUACAGUCAUUGAAAGAUAAGGCUGCAACAUUUGAUAGUGUUAUUAUUCUGGAAAAGGACUAUAAAGAACUACUUGAUAAGUUGACUGAACCCAAUGUUGAAUAUCUCACGGAAAAAAGCUCCAUAUUGAAUAUGAAAAUUAUUCACAAUAAUGAGUAUAGUGAAUUAUUGGACAAAAUUGAGAAACCUUCAUUAAAGUUUUUACAGGAGAAAGCUACUGCAUUAAAUGCAAUUGUUUUGCCGAGGGAGAAAUUCACACAGCUUAAUAACCCAACUUUAGAUGAGCUGAAAGAAAGGGCAUCAAAUUUUAAUUAUAUGUUAGUCAGCUCUUCUGAGCAAGAGAAACUUUUAAAAUCUAUUGAAGAUCCACCUUUAGAAUAUUUGACAAACAAAGCCUCUGCAAAAAAUAAGGCAGUUAUUUCCAGUGACGAGUAUGCUAAGCUCACAGAAACACUGGAUUCACCAUCACUGAAGUUUUUAAGAGACAAAGCAAGUCAAAUAAAUCAAACAUUGGUUCCCUACAAUGAUUACACUACUUUACUUGAAAAAGUUUCCCAACCCACUUUUGAGUACCUAUCAGAGAAGAUUUCUAACUUUGACAAAACCAUAUUGUCAAAUGAGGAGUACCAUUCCCUGGUGGAGAGAGCUGAAAACCCAUCAAUAUCGCACCUGAAGGUAAAAGCAUCCAAAUUGGGGCAAACUAUAGUGUCCUCAGAAGAAUAUGCCUCACUAGUAAAGAUCAAUAAUAAUCCCCCUAUUGAAUAUCUACAAGAUAAGGCUACUACUUUUAAUAGUGUAUUAAUUUCAGAUUCAGACUACACCCAAUGGAAAUCGACUUUUGAGAGUCCCUCAUUUGAAUUUCUUAAAGAGAAAUCAGCAAAUUUGAACAAUAUUCUAAUUUCUCUCAACGAGUACCAAAAACUGGUGAACAAAUUAGAGAAACCACCUCUACAAUACCUAACAGAGAAGAUAGCAUCUUUACAAAAGACGAUUGUAUCAAAUGACGAUUAUCGUAAUAUGAAACGUAACCUAGAGGAUCCUUCCAUAGAGUUUCUGAGAGAAAAAGCUGUGAAAUUAAACUUUGACAUGAUACCCACAAGUGAACACCAACAACUGCUUCAAAAUGUUACUAAACCCUCUAAAGAAUAUUUAAGCGAAAAGGCUCAUAUUUUAGGUAUGAAGGUUGUUCCAGAAGAUGAAUACAACAAUUUGAAAAAUGAAAUCACUCAACCCUCGUUAGAAUUUCUAAGCGAAAAAGCUAAUGCUUUGAAUAAAGUGUUAGUAUCAGUAGAUGACUAUAAUACGCUUAAAUCUAUGACAGAACAACCUACCUUUGAGUUCUUGAAAGAAAAAGCGUCUACAUUCAACCGACUUCUCAUUCCAUCAGAUGCUUAUAGGGAACUGCUUCAAAAAGUAACAUCACCUUCCCUUGAUUUCAUCAAGGCCAAGGCUGAAAGUCUUGAUUGCACUCUUAUUACCACCACUGCCUACAAAGAAUUGAAGAAGACUUCAGAAAUGCCCACUCCAGAGAUUUUAAGAGAACGCGCUUCCAAAUAUGGUCAAGAAUUAGUUGAUUCUACAAAAUAUGCAGAACUAUUGAAUAUCUCUGAGCAUCCAACACUAGAAUAUUUGAAUGAUAAAAUUUCCACUUUUGGUAAAACAACAAUCGCAAUUGAUGAAUAUCACAUAUUAGUUUCCAAUACUGAAGCCCCAUCCAUAAACUAUUUACAGGAGAAAGCUAGUGAAUUAGGCUACAAACUUUCUUCUUUAGGCGAAUAUGACGAGUUAGUAGAGACAGUGUCACAUCCAAAGCUGGAAUUCUUAGUAGAGAAACUGAAAGCCUUCCAGAAAAAGAUUUUAUCUUACACAGAAUAUGAAGAAUUGGUGGAUAAGAUCGACAAUCCAACGGAAGAAUAUUUAUCAGAAAAAUUAGCAAUUCUACAACAAACUGUCUUGUCAGAUAAAGAUUAUGAAAACCUGCUAAAUCAAAUUGAAAAUCCAACAUUGCAAUACCUGCACAAUAAAGCGAAUAAAUUUGAGAGCCUUAUAUUAACAAAGAAUGAUUUCUCUGAAUUGAAAAGACUCACAGAAGAGCCAACUCUUGAAUUUUUAAAAGAAAAGGCAAUUAAACUAGAUCAAACGCUUCUUUCAAAAUCCGAGUACCAGGCUUUAUUGGAACAGACUUCUCAACCAGAUCUUAAUUAUUUGACUGAGAAGCUCAGUAAUUUUAAUAGAAUUGCCCUAUCAAAUGAUGAAUACAAUGAAUUGACUAGUAUCGUAACAAAUCCAGAUGUGACGUUCCUAAAAGAAAAAGCGAACGAUAAAAAUUACGAAUUGGUAACACAGAGUGAAUAUUUCAAACUUAUCCAAUUAACAACUAGCCCAGAUAUAUCAUUUUUGAAACUUAAGGCCAAGGAGCUUAAUAGAAUUCUUCUUUCUAACGAAAGCUAUGUUAAGUUAACGGAACAAAUUGAGGCUCCACCCCUGGGGUUUAUCAAGGAAAAGGCUGCAAAGAUGGACUACGAUGUGGUCGAACGCAAAGAAUACGCCGCUUUGAAGAAGGUCUCUGAAGAACCAUCCCUGGAAUUUAUCAAGGAAAAGGCUGCAGCGAUGGACUACGAUGUGGUCGAACGCAAAGAAUACGCUGCUUUGAAGAAGAUCUCUGAAGAACCACCCCUGGAGUUUAUUAAGGAAAAGGCUUUAAUUUUUGAAAAAAUACUUAUCUCUUCCUCUCAGCUUGACAAAUUGCAUGCUGAUAUCGAAAAGCCGACUUUGGAGUACAUAUGUGAAAAGGCUAGUUUGCUGGAUCAUAAAGUUCUUCCAUCAAAUCGCUACCAACAUUUAGUUGACAUUUCAGAAACACCAGACUUAGACUUCUUGACUGAAAAAGCUUUGUUACUAAAUCAGAAAGUACUUUCUUCUGAAGACUAUGAACAAUUAUCGAAUAGUUACCAGAGCCCUACUCUUGAUUAUUUGCAGUGCAAGGCAUCCGAACUUGGCCAUCGAUUAAUACCAAGCAAAGAAUAUUGUACAUUAAUUCAGACAAAUGAAAACCCAACUGCAGCUUUCUUAGCAGCAAAGGCCGAAACUAUUAAUAGGGUAGUUCUACAAAGAGAGGAAUAUGAUAAAUUAACUAGUAUAGUCGAACAUCCUGAUUUAGAAUACCUUACUGAAAAGUCUCAGGCCCUUCAUUAUCAUAUUAUUCCAUCAGUAGAGCACGAGCAACUGCUGGAGAAGUCAGAAAAUCCUUCCAUGGAAUUUUUGACAGAAAUGGCAAAGCUAAAAGAAUGUCAUAUUAUAAGUAACGAUACAUAUAAUAGUUUGCUCAAACCGGAAGAUGUGGGAAUGGAACUGAGAAAAGAAGGGAACAUAAUUGUACCUGAGAAAGAGUACCAAAAGCUACAAAUGGCACAGGAGGCACCUUCUAAAGAGUACAUAACGUCAAAGGCUGCAUUAUUUGAUCUAGCUGUGUUAGAUCAAGCGGAAUACGCUGAAUUAAAAAACAGACCACAUGACAAGGAAUCCAUAUUAUCUUCAGCCAGGAUCCUAGGGUUUGAACCAGUUUCAAAAUCUGAAUUGAAUGCAUUGAAGAGUUCGAAUGUUUUGGUGGCUGAACUGCCUGCAAUCAAGGACAGAUUAUCGUCACUAGGUUAUGUCCCUGUUACAAAUAAAGAACUUGAAGAGUUAAAACUCCCUCAUCUAGAAGAAUGUUGCGAGGAUGACAUUUUACAGGAAUGUGAAAAACGCCACUUACAGGUAAUCCCUGAUUUAGAAUAUGAAAGGCUAUUGAAGGAUGCUGAACCAAGAACUCUGUCCAAGAAAGAGUUGAUAUCUUUGGCUGAGACAUUUGAACUCUCUGUACUACCAAGUUUUAGGUAUGAAGAGCUUUUGAACUCUGAAAUCAAUCUCUCUACAGGGGUUGUUGAAGAAUUCUGUAACAAAAAUGGAAAGCGUUUAAUCGACCAAAAUGAAUACGAAGAAUUCAAAAAUCUAACUGAUAGUCCUUCGGAAGAGGUUCUCUUAAAACUUACUUCACCUCUGAAGAAGAUUCUUCUUGAUAAAAAAACCUAUGAGGAUAUGCAGCAUCGUUUGCAAUUCCCAGAGGAAAGUUAUUUACGUGAGAAGGCGAUUACAAAAGAUAUGAUCUUAGUGCACUCAUCAGAAUAUGCAAGACAACAAGAUCAAUUGAAAAAUCCAAACCUCGAAUCUUUGUCAGGCAAAGCAGAAGCAAUAGACAAAGUUCUAAUUGAUAAAGAUAAACUCAACGAGGUCCAAAAUAUAUUAGCCUCGCCUGAAGUUUUUAUUGAGGAGAAAGCAAGACUCCUAGGGAAAAUGCUCAUAGAUGAAAAUGAGUUAACAAGUUAUCACAAUCAAAUUUUGACUCCGACACUUAGCUACCUAGAGAAAAAUGCACUUUCAAUAAAUAAAAUGCUGAUUGACAGGGAUGAAUACGAAAGUUUGAAGACAAACUCCGACUCUUUCGACGAAGGGUCUCUUGCGGAACAGGCCAAGAAACGUGGUAUGAUUUUACUUUCAAAAUUGGAACUUUCAAAGAGAGACGAUUCGAUGGCCAACCCAUCAAUAGAUUACUUGAAGGAAAUUCUGGAGGACUCACCAUAUGUUAUCGUUGAAAAGGGGAAAUAUAAUGCAUUACCCGCCGACAUGCAACCUGCGUCUAAAUCAGUGGAACAGUUGGAAGAGGCUGUUGAAGAAGUUACCCCAAUUGUGACAAACGCUGAAGGCGACAUUUUAUUAGAGCCAAAAGAGGUACAUGAAACCACGCUCUCAAAAAUAAUGGGCACUGAAGUGGAAAUAAACGGCUUUCCACCGAUCCAAACGAAUAGCCAAAGCCCUCUCAAAAAUCUUGAACGUACAACGACUAAUAGUACAAUGUAUUUUGAUGCCAUAUCGACGGCAAGGUCGGAGCUACUUUCAAUCUCAGAUUCAGAUCAUUUUGUAAAUAAUGAUAACGUAUCUCACACCUCUACUAUUGGCGGAGAUGUUGAUGCAAACGUGACUCUUCAUAUCGGUAUGGACCUCUUGAAAAACAAUGCCGAAAGCUUAGGAUAUCACCUUGUUCCAAUUGCUGAUCCUGACAGCACCGCCAUUUUGCAAGAUUCAGAUUGGGAAGGUCGCGAGAAUGGUGUAGAUGAAGCAGCAUUGAGAAUGCAAGCCAGUAAAAUUGGAAUGGAUCUGAUACCAACUUUCGAGCUGAAUGAUCUACAAAACAAAGUAAUUAAUAAGGAAACAAUUAUUUUAAAUGCUCCGAAGUUUGAUUUGACCGUUUUAGAGAAGCAUGAUUUAGAAAACUUGAAAACUGAAGCCAUCUUAUCUAAAGAAAAAGCUAAAGAAUGGCCAAUUGAAAAUGGAACAACAUCAUCUGAUGACUUGAACUCGAAAGCGUCCAAGGAAUCUGCUUUACUAGAAAAGGCUAACUCUGCAGAAGUAGAGAAUGGUGAUCGUCUCAGUCCUGCAAAUGGUGACGUAAUGUUUGUGGCGAAGAGUUCCCAAUCAAGAUCAGUAGUUUCACAAAAGACAGAUUUUAGUGCAGACAUGACUGCGAUGCCUUCGAGCAACUAUCAAGAACCGGACCAGAUCGUCCCUAACCCUAAUAUUGAAGUUUCGUUCAAGGAUUUAACUUAUGAAGAAAUCAAUAAAAAAAUUGAGGGCUCAGGAUAUAUUGUAUUUCCCAAGGAAAAGUAUGACAAGUUGUUUUCUUCCAACGGUAAGCCACACCUAGUCGUGGCUCAAGAGCCUCUUUCAACUAAUAUCAAUGGGGAAACAGGUUCUGAAACCACGCCAGCAUUAUCUGAGUCCAUACUGGUAAAGGAUGACUCUCAAGAGAUCUCAGAACUUUCAAGAGUGAAGCCAACAGGGGGCUUGAAUAUUCCACACUCCGAUACUGUAGAUCCAACUUUAGAAGAUAUGAGACACAGUUAUAACGAAAUAGGCGAAACUAAAUCAAAGCCUAAAGAGUACGAAUUAAUAUGUGUUCCAGAGGAAUCACACAUAUCUGGAACAAAUGCGUCUAAGACAGCUGUGGCGCCUUCUGCUCAUUUCAACGAAUUAUUAGGGAAUACAAUACCAUCUUUGACCGAUAUAAGUGACUAUGAUUUAAAAAUGGAGCUAACAAGACGUGGGCUACUCCCAGAUUUUAUUGCGGAACACAGAACUCAACAGUCGCACGGAAUGACUACUGAUCUGAGUUAUGUCGGUAAUACGAUAUCUUCUAUGCAUAGCAGUCCAAGGAAGUCGAUAUUACGCCCUUACAAGCCUUCUUUUACUUCAAACGAAUCUCCAAUCAAGAGAAGUCUGGCAGAAGCUGCGGCCACAACGGCGUAUAUGGAAUACAACAACGAUACUUCACCAAGAAAAGGUCAUAAAUCUGUAAAUCAGAGAUUAGGAGCCAGAACUCAAUCUGUCGAUGGUAUAUUUAGUAUUGCAACGAUGGCAUCAUUAAGUGAACCACAAAGUAUCAUACCAGCUAUAACACAAACUGUUAUUGGGGAAUAUUUGUUCAAAUACUACGGAACGGGACGUCGCCAUGAAAGAUACUUCUGGAUUCAUCCAUAUACAUUGACACUCUAUUGGUCAAAGUCCAAUCCGAUAUUGAGUAAUCCUUCACAUUCUAAGACAAAAGGUAUGGCAAUUCUUUCAGUUGACAGCGUUGAUGAUAAUAAUCCUUAUCCAGUAAGCGCGGGAUUAUAUCAUAAAUCUAUUAUCGUCAAGGGCGAAGACAGGAUUGUCAAAUUUACAUGUGGUAGUAGACAAAGACAUAAUAUAUGGUUCAAUUCUUUGAGAUAUUUGAUACAAAGAAAUCUGAAUGGUAUUGACAUGGCUGAGGUUAAUGUAUCUACAGAAGGGAAUGAUGUGAAUGCUGUUGAUAAAAUCUUCCCAUUACCGGGUGAGAAUUUACGUAGUACUAAUAUCAGGUUGAACAGUGGAUCAAGAAGGUCUCAGACAAUCAGAAAAUCCCCUUCUUUGAACUUUCUCAGAAGGUAA